AUGGAAGGAGUGAAGGAAGGAGAUGCAAAUGCAAUGCUAAGAGGCCAAGCUGAGAUAUGGCGGUACAUGCUCGGCUUCGUGGACUCGAUGGCUCUCAAAUGCGCCGUCGAGCUCCGCAUAGCCGACAUCAUCCACUCCCACGGUGGCCACCCGAUCACCUUGGCCCAAAUAGCCCAAUCAAUCGACGGCUCCCCUUCCCCUGACCUCUCCUACCUCUCCCGCAUCAUGCGCCUCCUCGUCCGCCGCCACAUCUUCUCUGUCCAUCGCCCAUCCGACGGUGGGGACUCGCUCUACGGCCUUACCAACUCGUCCCGCUGGCUGAUUCGAGGCUGUGAGCUGAACCUUGCGCCGAUGAUCAUCAUGGAGAACCACCCGCUCCAGCUCGCACCGUGGCACUGCCUAGGCCAAUGCGUGAGGGAAGGCGGGAUCGCGUUCCAGAAGGCGCACGGGGUGGAGAUGUGGGACUUCGCGGGGGACAACCCCGAGUUCAACAUCAUGUUCAACGACGCGAUGGCGUGCACGGCCAAGAUCAUAACGAAGGCGGUCCUAGAGGCCUAUGGGGACGGGUUCGGCCUUGUGGGGUCCGUGGUGGACGUGGGCGGAGGGACCGGAGGCGUGAUCGCCGAGAUCGUGAGGGCGUAUCCUCACAUCCAGGGGAUCAACUUCGACUUGCCGCACGUCGUAGCCACGGCCCCGGCACACGAUGGGGUGGAGCACGUGGGAGGGAGCAUGUUUGAGGUCAUUCCCAUGGCUGAUGCUGUGUUUCUCAAGUGGGUUCUACACGACUGGGGAGACGAGGAAUGCGUGAAGAUACUGAAGAAUUGCAGGAAAGCCAUAGCAUCGCCGGAUCGGAAACCCAUCGGGAAGGUCAUAAUCAUCGACCUAGUCCUCCUCGACCAAGAUGGGGACAGCCCGUUCGAGGACAUCGGCGUGACGUUCGACCUGCUCAUGAUGGCUCACCAAUCGGGAGGGAAGGAGAGGACGGAGGCGGAGUGGAAGGAGCUGCUGGAACAGGGCGGCUUCCCUCGCUACAACAUCAUCAAGAUCCAAGCCCUACCUUCCAUUAUCGAGGCAUUUCCCCUGUAA